CUCCCUUAGACGACACCAAAACCGUGUUACCUGUCAAUAAUACACGCAACCCUUCAAACUGGAUUUAGGAACGACAAAUAUUUGAACAUGCUUGGAUGAUAAACGAAGCAUGGUUUGAGACAAGCAAAGAAGAUAAGAGGAGGGAUAGUUGGGUCGUCUUCCUGAGUUAGUCCUGCACUAUCGACACCACAGCCAUGGCAGAAAGCAGUAAUUCUUACGACUUGGCCAAGACGGACUUGAAUGAGAAAAAUGAGAAGAACCAAACAGAGGACUCUUCCACAGCAGCAUCUACGUAUUUCAAUGAACGGAUACCCAUCCCUGAUGUUGGGAAUCCACGGUUCAGUUUCCGGAAACUAUGGGCUUUCACUGGGCCAGGCUUUCUGAUGAGCAUAGCUUACCUGGAUCCAGGGAAUAUAGAAUCCGAUCUGCAGUCUGGUGCCGUUGCUCAGUUCAAGCUGCUAUGGGUUCUACUGGCGUCCACCCUCCUGGGACUGAUGUUGCAGCGUCUGUCUGCCCGCCUCGGAGUUGUCACGGGGAUGCAUCUAGCCGAGGUCUGUUACCGGCAGUACCCUAAGUCAUCCCGUCUAAUAUUGUGGAUCAUGGUAGAGAUAGCCAUCAUUGGCUCCGACAUGCAAGAGGUCAUCGGAACGUCCAUUGCUAUAUAUAUAUUAUCAAAUGGAAAAAUCCCUCUGUAUGGUGGAGUAAUCAUCACUAUAGCAGACACCUUCACAUUCCUGCUGCUGGACAAAUACGGCCUACGGAAGUUGGAAGCUUUCUUCGCCUUCCUGAUCACUGUGAUGGCAGUAACAUUUGGCUAUGAGUACAUAGUGGUGGCCCCUGACCAGGGUGAGGUGAUGAAGGGGCUGUUUAUCCCAUACUGCAGUGACUGUGGCUCCACUCAGCUGAUGCAGGGGAUCGCCAUGGUGGGGGCUAUCAUCAUGCCCCACAAUAUCUACCUACAUUCAGCACUUGUCAAGUCCAGAGAAGUAGACCGGAGCAAGAAGACUGAAGUCAGUGAGGCCAACUUCUACUUCUUUGUAGAAGCUAUAAUUGCCUUAUUUGUGUCCUUCAUUAUCAACCUGUUUGUGGUGUCAGUGUUUGCUGAAGGACUUUACAACAAAACCACAGAUGAGAUUUACAAAAGCUGUCUUGCCGCUGACAACAUACAUGCAUCUGUCUUUAAUGUGAGUGAUGGGGCUGAUAAUCUGGUUACAGUCGACAUCUACAGAGGGGGAGUGUUUCUAGGAUGUCAGUUCGGAGUCGCUGCCAUGUACAUUUGGGCAGUAGGGAUCCUGGCCGCCGGUCAAAGUUCCACCAUGACUGGCACUUACACUGGACAGUUUGUGAUGGAGGGUUUCUUGAACUUGACGUGGAAGAGAUGGCAGCGUGUGUUACUGACCCGAAGCAUCGCCAUCCUUCCAACAGUGUUUGUAGCAAUAUUCCAAGGCAUCGAGAACCUGACUGUGAUGAACGACCUGCUCAAUGUGCUGAUGAGUCUUCAGCUGCCCUUCGCCCUCAUCCCCAUCCUGACCUUCACCAGCUCCCCUGAGAUCAUGGGGAGCUUCUCCAACGGCGUUAUCAUGAAGAUCAUAACUACCCUUCUGGCUGUGGUCGUUAUUGUCAUCAACCUCUUCUUCGUCGUCGUCUACAUCCAGCAAGCACCUGCUCACUGGGCUAUUUACCUUGGUGUGGCCAUCAUUGUUGCCUUCUACAUUUGUUUUGUUGCCUAUCUGGCUAUAGUUUGUAUGGCAAUGAUGGGAGCAGAUUUUCUCAAGAAACUUUCGAUAUUUGGCCACUGGAUUGUCCCUAGAAGCAGCAGCCACCUUCAGCAUGAUGCCAUCGACGGCGAACCGGCGACUGAGAUGUCAACUGCAGCCAACGAGACCAAUAAACAAUUGUAUCGAAGCAUUCCAGAAUAACCAUGUUUUAGAUUAUUUUUACGAAUAAACUAUAUUUAGUCCAUAUAUAUAUAUAUAUACUUAAAGGAGUAAAACCGAUCACAUCCUUGAAUACUGGAUCCUGGAAUACUAUGAUGUCAUCCUUGAAUGCAGUGAUGUCAUCCUGGAAGAAUGUGAUGUCAUCCUUGAAUGCUGUGAUGUCAUCCUUGAAUGCUGUGAUGUCAUCCUUGAAUGCUGUGAUGUCAUCCUGGAAGAAUGUGAUGUCAUCCUUGAAUGCUGUGAUGUCAUCCUCGAAGAAUGUGAUGUCAUCCUGGAAGAAUGUGAUGUCAUCCUUGAAUGCUAUGAUGUCUUCCUUGAAUGGUGUAAUGUCAUCCUUGAAUACUGUGAUAUGGAUGAAGUUACACGCUUUCUUGACAACUAAACUCACAUUGUGAGAAGAAAAUAACUGAUGAAAUAAAUAAAGUUGUUAAGAAUUUA